AUGGCCGCGCAAUACUCGCGCUGCGCGCGCGCCAGCGACUCGUUCGCAGGACCACUCGUCGAAGCGUCAGGUAUAGCUCAUUCACCUCUGCACCCGCUAGUUGUUUUCGACACUGCCUGCGGAACGGGCGUCAUCGGCAGUACUCUGUAUGGUACUCUUCCACGGGAGAAGACCCGCAACUGGGAGCUUCUCUGUGGUGAUAUGUCGCCGCAUAUGCUGGCUUAUACGGAGCAGCGGGUCAAAGAUGAAGGGUGGACGAAUGUCGAGGCGAGGAUUAUUGAUGCGCAGGAUACGAAAUUGCCUAGUGGGCGGUAUACGCAUGUUUUUGCGGCUUUUGCGUUCAACCUAUUUUCCGAUCCGCAAGCAGGACUACGAGAAGCCCUCAGGGUCCUCCAGCCAAAGGGCACGUUGGCAAUAUCAGUCUGGAAAGAAGGUACAGACCCAUCGGCCCUGCAUCCCCAAGAUACCCUCCUAACCACUGUAUCAGGAAACUGGUUCCCAAUCACCCGCGCCGCAAUCGCAACCCUCCCAGGAAACCUCCCGUACCCAUCCCAAACCGAACUGAACAGCAUCUACAACUCUGGCUGGGAUGACCCCGAGCGCAUCGCCGAAUUCCUCGCUGAAGCCGGGUUCACCGAUAUCGACGUGACCACCGGCGACAAGAAGAUUGCCAUGCCGCUUGACGACCUUGCUGAGGCGUGUCUGAUGGUCAACCCGAUUAUCCUCGGACGGUUCUGGACGCAGGAGCAGCGCGAUCAGUAUGCGCAUCUUGUGCCGGGGGUUGUAAAGAGGUAUAUCGAGAGUUUGUUUGGGAAGGAGGGGACUGGGUAUCUAGAGGCUACGGCGAUUAUUGCGGUUGCAAGAAAGGGUUGAGGGAAUGUCGUUUUAGUUAUAGCGAGGAUGCAUUCACGCCAGUGGGUCUAUCACCGAAUUGAAGUGUCGAC